AUGGCGUCACCACUGGACGACAUCGGUGACGGAGCCCCGAUGGACGAGACGCCCUCGAACACGUCUUUGCUGAGCUUUGACCUGGGCAGCGGCCUCACGCCGAAGAUGAGCUGGCUGGCUUCGCGGACGCGGGACGGGCUUGGGCCCUCGGCUCUACAGAGGCAAGGGUCUGGCGGCGAAUCCUUGGGUUCAUUACCUUCUCGCGAUUUAUUGGCCAAUCUCACGGAUCCGAUCUCGCCGUCGGUAGCACCUUACUUACAAAGUUUGAUGUCCCCGCGCGAAGCCAGUGCGUUGCCGGCCCAGCCGUCGCGACCUCCAACGACGCAGGAGGCCGAAGCCUUGGAGAACUGGGCCAAGUUGGCCCAGAGGCCCUUUUCCGGAGGGGCUUUGGCUAAUAGUUCAGCUCGAUUGUUCGCGCGCCGUCUGUCGGAGGCAGUGCAGCGCCACAUGGCCGGGUCCGACGGGACGCCGAUCGGCCACCUAGGGCAACAAGGACACGCUCUUAUAGAAAGAGCCGUGCACUGGCCGGCCCGAACUUUGAGAGGAGUGAUCCGGCUCCUGGAGUGCCUCGACCGGAGCCCGGAGGCCUCGUUCGCCCAGUUCCUGUGCCUCAUGGGCGACCUCGAGAUGACGUCGCGGCCGUCGAUCACGCCGCCGGUGGAGAAGCGGUCGCGGCCGCGUCCUUUGUCACGCGCCGUCGACGCGACACGUCCUGAAGCCGCCGCGACACCGUGUAUCGUCCACGCAGGUCCUCCAGUUUCUUCGGGAAAAUCCCGUCGCUCACGUCGCCGAAGAAGCAGGACGCCGCGCGCGCGUUUUAUGACGGAUUCUUGAGAAACGUCCACAAGUCGGCGGAGGGCGCGCCCUUCGUCGUGACGGGGUAUAUCGUGGUCGAUUACGCGCCGGAAAUCCUGCGACCGACGUGUGCGCGACUACGCGCCGCCGCAUUGGCGGCAGCCCUCUUCGCGGCCGACGCGAGAACGGAAGGCGGUGUCUGUGUAUUUACACCUCCCUCAUUGAAGGGUGGACCGGAGACCGAGGUUAGAUUUGACAGUACGUAUUGUUCCAAGGCGCCCGAACCCGUGAAAACGCAACUGGGCUCGCCCGCGGGGUUGGCGGCCGCUCUCUUGGACCACAAUGAAAUGAGGAACUUCGCGCCCAGUGAACAGCACACGAAGGAGUUGGAGCACAUCUACGAGUCCGCGCGGCGGUCGCGGUUGUGCUACGCGUCCUGGCUGACGCCGUUUGACCUCCACGUCACGCCCACCGUCUCGAUGCGCUGCCAGCAGUGCUACGCGCGCGACCCGCACGCCGCGACGACGGCGUUUGCCGUCGCGGGAGCCUUCGUGCCGCGCGCGGCGGCACCGCCGCGGCGCUUCUUCGCGGAGCCGGCGCCGUGA